AUGCAGAAUCAACAGUCAGCGCGAGGGAAAAUAAAGUCAGAAUGUAGAUUCUCAUCACCAGCUUUGAGCAAUCCAGUCAAUGAUGUGAUCAAAAUAUGUAAAGUAAAACUGGGACAAAACAGAAUUAUGCGGCAAGGAAACAACGGAAAAAAUGGAAGUCCGAUUGCACUCCAAUUUCCUUAUAGCGCUACUUGUUCUCUUUUAUUGCAAAAAAUUUUAGGACAUGUUCCCGAUAAUCUUGUUUGUACAAGUGUUGACAAAACCUUAGCAAUAGCUAAUAAAUAG